AAUAAGUUCCCAGUAAGAUCCCUCAAUGGCACUCUGUCCUUCCAACUCCACAUGAAUAGGGUUCCAGGAUUUCAGAACUUCCUUGAGAGCAUAAAUCCUUAUCAGUCUAAGGUAGAUUUCAUCCUGGUUCAGUGCAUUUCUCUGUUCACUCCCAAUAUAUAACCUAUAUGCACCAAAGCAGGAAAACUGCACCGGGAAGGAGAAGAUGAGGAAUCUCCCUGGAACUGUGAUCGAUAUGGAAAUGUCUGGCCAGAGCUACAGUAUCUACAAUGCGGUUUAUGCUGUAGCACAUGCUUUCCAUGCCGUGGAGUCAUUGAGAUUGAAACUGAAAACACUGCAAGCUGCAAACAGCUGGAAUUCCUUGCAAAUUCAGUCAUGGCAGGCAGUUCCUCAGUCCACAUGCGUUGAGAGCUGCCAACCUGGAUACAGCAGGAUUGUCCAGCAGGGGGAGCCAAUAUGUUGUUACCAAUGUGCUCAGUGCCCUGCAGGGAGCAUUUCCAUCCAUACUGAUGCAGACCAAUGUGAAACGUGCCCAGAAGAUCGGUAUCCAAAUGAGAAACGGAACCAAUGCCUCCUGAAAAAUGUAACUUAUUUAUCCUAUGGAGACUCUUUGGGAGCAGCUUUGUCGACCUGCACUCUUUUCUUUUCUGUCGUCACCAUUUUGGUGAUGGGGAGCUUCAUUAUCCACCGGGACACUCCCAUUGUCAAAGCCAACAACUGGAAUGUCACAUGUAUCCUGCUCACCUCUCUGUCUCUUUGCUUUCUAUGCUCCUUCCUGUUCAUUGGUCAGCCUGGGAAGGUGACCUGCCUCUUGCGGCAAAUGGUUUUUGGCAUCACCUUCAGUGUUGCUGUUUCUUCUGUGCUGGCUAAAACCAUCACUGUGGUUCUGGCCUUCAUGGCCACCAAGCCAGGAAACAGGAUGAGGAAAUGGCUAGGGAAGAGUCUGGCAGUGUCGGUCAUCGUUCUCUGUUCUCUUAUUCAAAUUGGUAUCUGUGCUGUGUGGCUGGGGACCUCUCCCCCAUUCCCUGCAUCUGACAUGCACUCCCAGGUUGGACAUAUUAUAGUGCAAUGCAAUGAAGGCUCAAACACCAUGUUCUACAUCGUCCUGGGCUACAUGGGGCUUCUGGCCAUCAUCAGCUUCACUGUGGCCUUCCUUGCCAGAAAGUUGCCUGAUACUUUUAAUGAGGCCAAGUUGAUCACCUUCAGCAUGUUGGUCUUUUGCACUGUGUGGGUGUCCUAUGUCCCAACUUACCUGAGCACCAAAGGGAAAUACAUGGUGGCUGUCGAGGUCUUCUCCAUCUUGGCCUCCGGUGCUGGAUUGUUGGGCUGUAUCUUUCUCCCCAAAUGCUACAUUAUUAUACUGAGGCCUGAUCUGAACACAAGAGAGCAGCUAGGAAGGGGAAAGGACAGUAUUGCUUGA